UUUAAACAAAACAAUGUCUAGAAAUGAAGACUUGACUCCAAACCCUCUAUCUGUGUCUCUUUUCGGUAGUACUAUUCAAAUUACAUACUGGAUCUUGUCUCAAUACUUCAGAAUCUGUAUUAUGCACUAGUUUUGUGCUAAAUGCGAAAAGGAAAAGUCUGGGUCCGCAGACUAUGAAGAAAAGCAUAUUCACUCAAUCAUAUCCAGAAUAGAAUAAUGGCAGACCACGAAGAUUUGGAAUUCAACCCAUUCUACAAAUCUCUUCAGUCUGGAUACAGGAGCCAAUUUGAAGAUGCUCAGGCCAAGAGAUUCCUUGUAUGUAUACCGCAGACUGCUUCAUUGGUGGGAGUCAACAUAAACAGCAACUUUCUUGAGACUCAUCUUCUGAAGCCAUCCCCUAUGCUAAAAGAUCACUACAUUAGUACAGAUAAGAAUGGUUCAAAAACAAUUAUCGUAGACGAGGCAUUUAUCUUGACAACAGAGGGCUUCAGUCAACCAGGAAGAAUACGCAUACUAUCAGAGGAGUUGGGUUAUAAUAAGGAUUACAAGCCAUUCAAGAUGUUGAUUAUUGAGAAGCCUUUGGAAGGUGCAGUCAAGGGAAGGAGAGGAUCUGCAGGAUUAUCUGAUGAGUUUCUUACUCCCAGAACAAGGUUUCUUGAGAACAAGCACUUUCUAGGUAUGUUUCCCGAGAAUCGUAACAAUCUGAAAUGCCUUGAAGAAAGUAUACAUCAAUUCAACCAGAAUUACAUGAUUGUACAGGGUUACUUGAAAGAUGUUGCUACGAAACUCAGAAGAAUGUGUGAAGAGCACAAGCAGAUGUUUGCUGAAGCUAAUCGCUACAUCAAGCUACAGUCAGAUGGCAGGCUGGAAGAAGUAUUGAAUGUAGCAGUGGAAAGUUAUGUUAUGGGCAGUGUCCAUGCAAAGGUCUUCAAAGCCAUCAGUUCUGAGAAGACGCCAGAAGAUGUCCACAUUUCUGAUAAACUACACCAGCUACAAGGUAUUACAGGGGAACAGCUUGGGGUUGCAGAGGAGUUCUGCUGUCCUCUUCCAGCAGCUGUUGUUGAGUUGGCAAGAUUAGAUGGAAUCAACACUCCUCAUGAAAAGCUCACCUGUCUUCAUUCAACUCUGGAAAACAUCACAGAAGAGGUGAAUAUCCAUUUAAGAGAGAACCUAGCACCAGGUCAAAGUCCUCAAUGUCUUACAUCAGAUGAUCUCCUUCCACUACUUGUUCUUGUUAUCAGCCAAGCAAAGUGCAGACACCUGGCCAGUAAUCUGUAUUAUCUUGAAAACUUCCACUGGGCUUCAUCAAAACAUGAUAAUCUUGGUUAUGCAUUGGUAACUUUCACUGCUGCUAUGGAGUAUAUAAAGAAUACAGACUUCUCAAACAUGAAGACAAAUAAUAACAAAAUUAAGAAAGAGAUGAGCAUUGAGGAACUCAUGGCUGCAUCCAAAUUUGCCUAUGCCAGCACCACCAGUGGAGAUUCCACGCCUACCCAGGUAACCUAUGAUCAAUCAUCUAAUGAAGCGCCCUCUACUGUUGAACAGCAAUCAACAUACCAGAUGAAAACCCUUCAAAUGCAACUUGACAAUAUCAGCAGAAUGAUGGAGUCUUCCUCAAUCUCAUCAGGUCCUACCAGUGUUUUUGGAGGUUUUGAUGGUGGGACUGGGUCUAGAGAGGCAGGAGCAAAGGGACCUCCACCUGAUGUCAUCCCAGCCUCAGAACAUAGACCAAACAGAACUCAGCUAGGCGGAUUCUUAGCUGCUCUACAGAGCGAUGUCCUUGACUGUUCAUAUGGCAAACAGGAUUAGACUUAAGAAGAAGGUUCUAGGAAAAGCUCGACUCCAUGUUAUAGUCUACUUGAAAUAGUAUGCAAUACAAGAUGGGCAUAAUUCAGAGGUUUGAGUCUGGUCAAAGCAAGUAUUUGACUUGAAUUCUAGAGAAGACUCGUGAAAAGGAAACUUGACCUUUCUUACGGAAUUGCUUUUUUUUAGAUUAACAUGAAACUUACUGAAGACUAUAGACUAGACAAAGAAGAAAAGGAGUUUCCAAUUGCAGAACCAGUUUAAUAGAGGAAAAUUUUAACAAGACUAGAUCUUUCAAGAAGACCAAACUUUAAUACCACCUUGAUGUUGAAGAUGUAAAGAAGGGUUUUGAGUUAUUCGAGAUAUUUCAAAGGAUUUGUCAUGCUCAAGGAGUAAAAGUAAUGUAAUGAUGCUUACAUUUAAUACCUACAUGUAUGCCUCCACCAUUAGCAGAUAUAUAUUACAAAUCUAACUUUACUGAUCGAACUUUUAAAAUUUUCAAAAAUGACCUCUGUGACCUUGAAACCCAUAACAUUCAACUGUGGAAGAGUGUAGCAUGAUAGUAUACAAACUGUCGACAAACAGAAUGUAUACGUCCGUAUUUAUAUAUAACAAAGAAGGAAUAUUGAUUCCCCAAGACAUUUGUUGGUAUGUAAAACUAAUGGUUUGUGAAAUAUAAUUUGUGUGGCCAAUGUAUAUCCAGGGAAAAGUAAUAUUUUCUGAAUUGGGGCUAUUGAUUCUGAUUCUUUUCAUUACAAAGUAUAAUUUGUAUGAGAGUCAUUGUAAUUUAUGAGGGCUAUUUUGCAACUAAUGAGCUAUUUUGGAUAUUGGAGGGGUUCAGCGCCCUUUUUAUUUUUGCCAGAUUCAACGCUUUUAAAGCAAAUUAAUGCAAUGAGUUUUGCAAGCAAUCACAAUGACCCUUUAUCAUGAAUAUGUCUCAAUAAAAAAGGAAAUUUCAUGUUGUAUAGGAAAGAGAGUUUAUUCAAGCAACAGAGGGUCUGUUUCAUUAAGCUGAUCAUUAAGCUAUGCAUGGUUAUAUAAAUGAAUAUAAAUUCCCAGAAUCUUACCAAAGUUUUCCCAACAUAUAUCAACAAAAUUGUGUAAAAAUGCGUAUUUAACAUAUUUUUGUUAAAUAUUUGCUCAAAUGAUGGGAACUGUCUUAUUUCUUUAAUCAUGUCAUCUUCUGCAAAUAAGGCUCAGAUUACACAAGAAACUUCCAGGACCCUAUGGCGGACUCUGGACCCUUGGGGCAAGGGUCCAAUUGAAAAAAAUGUUGGCACCUUUUUAUCAACAAAGUAGAACAAAAUAUAAAAUCCCAGCAAAAAUAUACAUUGCCAAGAAUGUACAUUUUGCUGUUCAAACAUGUUGAUCAGCAUGCACAUGUGUCAGCUUUAGAUUGAUAACUACAUGUAUUUUAUUAUAUUCCAGUUGUUAAUAUCAGGUAUGUGUAACAUUGUUACAAACAUCUUUAUGAAAUACCUCCCGUGCUGAUGUAUGUCCAUGCUUGCUUUUUGAUUAAAGAAAACUUGACAUAAAAUGCGCAAUGAUUGGAUUAUCAGUAGAUGGUACUUAUUGCAGGGGUGUGAGAGGAGUUCAGAUUUUUCAACUUUUGGUGGUAAGGAUUUUCAGCAUAAUUUUAACCUAUUUUAGCUUUCUUCUAUACAAAAACAUGAGAGCUCUUUGAAUUUCAGGGGGGGUUCAAUACUUCUCAGCUUUUUUCUGCUCUUUUUAGUUGUGAUCACUCACACCCCUGAUAUUGAGAUUAACCUUAUGGUGAAUACCAUUGAUUCAUGUAAUGUUUCAGCACCAUUUGCCUGAAAUCAUGGUUAAUACAGAUUUCCUGUACUCAUUACGCUUAAAUUAGCCUGUUUAGCAAGAAUCCAUAUUGACUGCAUGCUUUUUCUCACAGCUGCACUAAAGUCAUCCCUGUUGAUAUGAUUGAGCCAUGACAAAAGGCACACAUUGUAUUUUAUCUCAGUCUCUGCCCCAAAUCAGCAUAAUUAGAUGAUAAAAUUUUCAUAAACCAUCAUGGACUUGCACAACAUUCAAAAUCAGCUUUGUGAAUUUUGAACCAUUGAGUUGAUUUGAGGAGUGAAUGUGCUAUUGAUAUAGAUUAUCAAUAUUUUCUUUUGCAUACAUGUAUUUUGGAAAACCAACUGCAGAUCUGCUGCAAAAAAAGCAAUGCUACUCUUAAUGUGCUGUUAUUGUUGUGAACCGAAAUAAUUGCAAAAACAAAGCUUGCAUGAAAUGACUGUAUUUAUUGUGAUAGAGAAGUAUUGUAGAUGAAUAGAUAGAAAUCUAAUUUAUUGGAAAGUUGCAAUAGCUGUAUAUUUGUGUGAUCAAAUGUAUUUUCUAUUGUCUUGUUUUGUAAAGGAAAUAAAAUUUCAUGACUGUUAUAUGUUAAUUGCAUUGUGUAUUUUUAAAUUCCAUGCCCAUUACCUUACAUUGAUUUAAUCUUUAAUACCUACACCAAGAUAUUGUGAGUGGUAUUCAUUUUGAUAGAAUAAUGCAUGAUAUAUGGAAAAGCAAAAAUAAACUCAACUGCUAAGUAACAUGGGAUUUAUUCAAAUACAUGUAUGUAGUACAUCAGAAUAUGGCCUUUUUGCAGGUAUUUUUGAUGGAUGACUGGUGAUCAUUGAAGGAUAUGCUAUAAAGCAGCAUUUAUUAAUUUUGCAUUUAAAAUUUACUUCACGCAAUGGAACCAUGCAACAUAAAGAGAUCUAAAAUAGAUAUUUUCUUACAACUGAUUGUAACUUUUUGUACAUAAUUAACAAACUGAUUUAUAUUUCAUUAUUUACUUUAGAGGGCCCAAGUCUCUCAUCACAUAAUACUAGGUUUUUAUUUAAUACGUAUUCAUUGAGAUAUAACAGGAUAAAAUCAGUAAAGGACGCUCUUUCCUCAUUUCAUGAAAUCUCAUCUUAUUUAAUUACAUGUUUACAUUUAUUUAAUAACAUAUAUAUGUAAUUAUGAACAUUUCUGUUGUGAGCUAUGUAGUUUAUUUCAUAUUAAAGAUGUGCUUGAUAUGAA